UAUUUACUUUAAAAUAAAACGCACCGUGAAAAUAAUCCGCUAAAUUCUCUUGUUAUUUCCGGUACCGUAACAUAAUGUUUUGUAACAAGUUACGUUGAAAUAUAUCGAUAUCUUGAAAACAAUGCCCGCUGAUGGAGAAUUCCGAUUCGCUGACUUUUUUAAGCAGAUGUUUUUCAGAGAGCUGCAUAAAGCUAAUAAGAGUGAAUGUGUACAGAAUGGUGUAAUCAAUGGGCUCAUGAUGUUUAUAGCAGGCUAUACAGCUGGUUAUGCCUAUUAUUACAGCCCUAAAAAAGCAGUUUAUGUGUUUGGUUUACCAGCUUUUGCAUUUACAGCUGUUGCAACUGUAAUAAUAUGUGACACAAAUAAUGCAGUUGAGAAACCUUCACAACAACAACAUCAACAACAACUGCAACAACAAAUAAAAUGAUCAUGCAUUAAUCUUUGAGCUUAUUUAUUAUAUGUAUUUGUUUACUAUUGUCAGUAUUUUGAAAAUUUUUAUAAAUGAAAUAAAAGAUCGAUUGUCUA